UAUAAUCUUUCUUCUAGUGUUUUGUAGAAACCGAGGAGGUGGAAUUCUCCUGGUCAAACAAAUCCACUCUCUGUCAGAAACAGAGGUAAACUAAGUGGGAGUGACCUGGGGCAGCUCUGGAGUGAGCUGGAGUCACUUCACAUUGACAUUCUCCACUAGUUAUUCAGCGAGCUUAAAAAAAAUCCCAAAUCAUCACUGGAGAAGGAGAUAUCCACUUGUAAAAGAAAAUAUCCGCUAUUUGCAAUCGCGAGAUGUCUGGAUCCCUCUUCAAGACGAUUGUACUGAUUUUCUUCAGGUUUCUGUUCAUCUGUUCAGCGAUAAAGGCACUUGCAGUUCUGGUAGAAGGAGCAGAGUUUCUUCCUGAAUUCACGUUAAUCCGGAGGGAAAGCUAUCCCGAAGAGUCCCUGGGAGACAGCUUAAACCACAAAUCUGACGAUCAGAGUUCACGGACGUCUCGAUCUGAAGAGAAUGGAGACUCCCAGUGGGAUGCCUGGGGUCCCUGGAGUGAAUGCUCACGGACAUGUGCUGGGGGAGCUUCAUACUCACUACGACGGUGCCUCAGCAGCCGGAACUGUGAAGGGCUGAAUAUCCGGUACAGAACUUGCAGCAGUGUGGACUGCCCACCAGAAGCUGGUGACUUUCGUGCUCAGCAAUGUUCUGCUCACAAUGAUGUCAAGUACCAAGGACAGUACUAUGAAUGGCUUCCUCUUUACAAUGACCCUGACAAACCCUGUGCACUGAAGUGUCUGGCAAUGGGUACAGCGUUAGUUGUGGAAUUGGCACCUAAAGUACUCGAUGGUACACGGUGUUACACAGAGACUCUGCAUAUGUGCAUCAGUGGAAAUUGCCAAGUUGUUGGCUGUGAUCACAAGCUGGGAAGCAAUGCCAAGGAAGAUAACUGUGGAGUCUGCAGUGGGAACGGUUCCACAUGCAGACUUGUACGAGGACAACACAAAUCUCAAGGAUCACCAAACAAAUUGGAUAACACAGUCAUUGCCGUUCCAUACGGCAGUCGGCAUGUCCGAAUUGUACUCAAAGGCCAAGAUCAUCUGUAUUUGGAAACAAAGUCUCUGUUGGGUCAGAGAGGAGAAAACAGCCUGAGCUCUACUGGAAUCUUCAGCAUUGCAAAUACCAGCAUCGAAUUCCAGAAAUUACCCGAGAAAGAGAUACUGAGAGCAGAUGGCCCACUUGAUGCAGAUUUCACUGUAAAGAUACAGUAUGUGGGAAAUGCAGAUAGUAUAGUGCAGUUUUUCUUUUACCAGCCUAUCAUACAUCAAUGGAGGGAAACAGAUUUCUUCCCUUGUUCUGUUACUUGUGGUGGAGGGUACCAGCUGACAUCCGCUGAAUGCUACGACCUGCGAAGUGGGCGUGUGGUGUCGGAUCAGUACUGUCACUACUAUCCUGAAAACAUCAAGCCCAAACCCAAACUGCAGGAAUGUGGCAUGGAUCCCUGUCCAGCUAGUGAUGGCUACAAGCAGAUCAUCCCUUUCGACCACUUUCAUCCCCUUCCUCGAUGGGACAGUAGUCCCUGGACUGCCUGCUCCAGCUCGUGUGGUGGAGGUGCUCAGCUCCGCACUGUCUCCUGUGUGGAGGAAGAUAUUAAUGGACAAGUCAGCAGCGUGGAGGAGUGGAAGUGCAUGUACAUACAGAAAUUUCCUGUCGUGCAGCCCUGUAACCUCUUUGACUGCCCAAAAUGGUUGGCACAGGAAUGGUCUCCCUGUACAGUAACGUGUGGACAGGGUCUCCGAUAUAGAGUUGUCCUGUGUAUUGACCACAGAGGACUCCAUGCAGGCGGCUGUAAUGCAAAAACAAAACCUCACAUCAAGGAAGAAUGUAUAGUCACCGUCCCUUGUUAUAAACCAAAAGAGAAACUCCCAGUGGAAGCGAAGCUGCCGUGGUAUAAGCAGGCGCAGGAACUGGAGGAAUUACUAACAGUUUCUGAAGAACCUUCGUGA